UGAUUUGGAAGAGGAUAGCAUUGAAGUUGAACAAAAAGAAAUUAUACAAAGUAUACAAGAUAUUAGUUUUCAAGAAUCACUUUCAACAGAUAAAGAAAAUUUAACCAAAAAUUUUGAAUUAUUACCACAAGUUAAAUUAUUUAGCAAAGAAGAAUCAGAAGUUUGGAAAUUUGUAGAUAAACAAACUCGCAAAUGUUCUCAAUAUUCUAAAAUAUUUAAACCAACAACAUCAACAACUUCUAUUCGUAAUCAUUUACAGCAUCUGCAUAAAUUUUUAUUAGAUCAAGAAAAAUUAAAUCUUGGUCUUAAAAAACAUUCAGCAGCAAUUCAAGCAGAAAAAACUUAA